AGUUCUCCUUAAUAAGAGUGGUUUAAAGGAUAUUGAACGAGGUUUGCUUUUGCUUAAGUUUAUGGUUCAACCCAACCAAAGAGUGAAAUUGUCAAAGGAAAGGUGUGCAGAGAAACCGAGAGCUGUGCAGAAAGACAUUCGUGCGAAAUCCGAACCAAGUUUAAAUCACGUUUUGUGGUCAACACGUGCACUUCUUAAGAAAACUAUUAAAAAGAAAAUAAUUAUAAAACAAUUUCAUUACAAAUUUUGAAUUAAAAUGUCUGUUGAAGUAAUAUCUAUGGUGUUUUUUGUAAUUUUUUCUUUAAACGGAAUCAACGGCCAAAAUAGUAAUAAUUGUCCAGAUCGAACCGGAUAUUUUCCUGAUCCCUUUCAAUGCGACCUUUAUUACAUUUGUUCGAAAGGAAUUGCAGAAGUGAAGCUUUGUCCCGAUGGUUUAGUAUUUGAUGAUAGUGAUCCGAAUAAAGAACGAUGUGAUAUUCCUGCUAAUAUUGAUUGUGGAGAUCGUACAGCGUUACAAGAAGCCAAAUCAAGUAAAGGAUGUCCAAGAGCGAACGGUUAUUAUCGUCACACGGAUCCAUUAGCUUGCAACAAAUUCUUCAACUGUGUAGAAGGAACUCCAGUGGAAUUAACCUGCCCCCCUGGGCUGAUUUAUGACGAUAUAGCAAGUACUUGUGCUUGGUUAUCCGAUACGAAUAGAAAAGAUUGUAGUAAAUCAAAGAAAGAUUCCUUAGAUGAUGGGUUUACUUGCCCAGAUGAGGAAAUUCAAGGCCCAGAUGGAAGAAAACUUCCACAUCCCACUUUUCCACAUCCAGACGAUUGCCAGAAAUUUUAUAUUUGCCGAAAUGGGUUAAUGCCCCAAAGAGGGUCUUGUUCCGGGGGGAAAGUUUAUAAUGAGGAGAGAUAUACUUGUGAUGAACCAGAAAAUGUCCCUGGAUGUGAAAAUUAUUACAAAGGAAAGAAAAAUUAAGGUUGUAAGGUAAAUUAAGGUAAAGCCAUAAUUUAAAAUAUUUAUAUAUUCGAUGGAUAAUUUUAAGUUUUAUAUGGAAAAUAAAAUUUUGUAUUUUAAUAAGAUUUAAUAAAUAAGAUUUUGAUUUCUAAACUAGAUCAAAAAAAAAUUAGAACCCAAUCGUAUUCUUAUACAAUGGAUUUCUGCAAUAUUACAACCAAAUCUGGAGCAGUGAAAGUAUUAAACGAAGUGUGUGACAUAAUUUAGCACACACAGAAAACGCAAAAUGUGUAAUUUACCUUUGUUACCUUAUCUAGAAUUAAAUCUAAUACAAGAACAAA